UUCUUUUCAGUUAUCACUCCAGCUUUCUGAGUCGACUCCCGUUCUCUCCCCGUCCCUUGGUCUGCCGCCGUCCUCCUUCCUCUCUCCCUCUCCAUAGCCGAGCAGUCUACGUGUACCGUCACCGGAAAACGGGGGGUAUCGCCGGGAAAUCAACCCAACUCAGUUUUGGUUGUUUGAAACCCGAACCCGACACACUCUUCGUUGGUUGCCCCCUGUUAGAAACCUGCCGGAACCUGUCGGAACCCUAACACCCCCUUCCCGUUCUCUAACUUCUGCUGAACACGCACGGCUACAGCACUCAACUGCUUGCCACGACCAACUCCAGUGGGCGCCCACUGCGUUCUGGCGAGUUAAACCCUGCUAUAUUUUCGGAUUAUCGUGAGAUUCAAGGGGGAAGUGGAAGUGAGUUUGUGGAAUAGGUGAUUAGGUUUUACGACUUGAAGGCUGGCUGUGAAGAAUGGGUCUCCAAGGCUGAGCCUGGCAAGACGGGGUUCCUAGCUCCUUACCUUUAUUGAGAUACAAAAAAAAAUUUCCGCGCUGUAAAUUCAUGGGGCUGAGUGCUUUAGAUUGGGGUGUCAUUGUUUUUGGAGAUUUGAGUGCCAAGGAUCAUGCCAAAUCUGAAUUUUCCUGAUUUAAAUUCCGGAUGCUCAUUUAAAUGAAUGGGGAUGCUAGCGGCUGAGUUAUGAUGAGGGAGGAUGUAUUGGAGUUAUUUUCAUGAGGGAGAAAGUGAUUUAUUUCCAUUAAAGGAGCUGGUUAUGUUGAGUGUGUAAAUUUGCUCGUACAAGAAUCCAGACAUAUCACACUUUGCAAGAUAGUUGAUAAUUUUCUUCUAAAAGACAGCGACCAACUUGAUGGAGGACUGGGAGGAAGAGCAAAUUCCACCUGUCCUGGCAAAGGAGCAACCUAACUACAAAUGGGAUGAUGAAGAUGUGGAUGACAAUGAUGUGAAGGAAUCAUGGGAAGAUGAAGAUGAAUCUACAUCGGCAUCUGAAGUAAAACCUCCAGCUGAAAAGGCCCCAAAGAAACCCACGGUAAAAGCUACUGAAAAGAAGGGGAAAAUGGUUGAAGUAGUAAACGAAGAGCCACUAGAUCCUGUGGCUGAGAAACUUCGCCAACAAAGGCUGGUGGAAGAAGCAGAUUAUAGCUCCACUAAGGAACUGUUCAGUAAGAGAGGUGAUGAGAAGACCCUUGAUAAUUUUAUUCCCAAAUCAGAAAGUGACUUCUUGGAAUAUGCGGAGCUUAUUUCACAUAAGCUGCGCUCACAUGAGAAAAGUUUCCAUUAUAUUGGUUUACUCAAGGCUGUAAUGAGACUAUCAAUGACUGCUUUGAAAGCAGCAGAUGCAAAAGAAGUCUCAUCUUCUGUUUCAGCAAUUGCAAAUGAAAAGCUAAAAGCAGAGAAGGAAGCGAAUGCUGGAAAAAAGAAAUCAGGCUUGAAGAAAAAGCAGAUCAAUGUUGACAAGCCAGACGAUGAGUUGGCUCUUAAUACGUAUGAAGCUCUCGAUGACUAUGAUUUCAUGUGAGUAUCGCAGUUAGUUCCAUCCAAAGAAUUGGGUUUCAGCAUAUGGAACAGUGUAGUAGGGAUAAGAUCCUCCGGCAUUUCCCUCCCCAGAGAUUAACGAGUGCUAUUGCUGUAUCUUGUUUAAUAAGAGAAUGUUUCAGAUUGCCAUUUAUUUGUCAUGGUAAAUUUUGUUAGUUUUGGAUACCAGUUCUACAUUUGUCUGCAUACAAAUGUUGUGCUUUGCAUGAGUCGUUCAAAGAUACACUGUCUUAAAUAAAGUUUCUAUUUAUUGAGAUUUUCUUUGAAA